CAUCCACCAAGUUUCUACUGGGGGGCCGCGGGGCCAUGGAGGUAGCUGGACGAGAGCCCAGUCUGUUCACUUGUUUUCCUCACCCGAAAUCAGAAGAAAUACUUCCUGUUUGACACAACUUGUACCAGCCGAAGUUACCCGACAUGCAGAUAUCAUGGUGUUUACACGUCCAGCUGGUCGUCGGAGAAGCAGCCGAACUGGAAUAACACUGAGUCCGGAGUAGACACUUCAUCAGAGACAGGCAUAGAAGGCUCUACGGAAAACAUGCCCACCGGUACGGUCAGUCAACCUCGCAAGCAGGAGAGGAAAGGCAGUUUCUUCAAGCUGAUUGACUCAUUUGCCUGCGAAAUUGGCACAUUGAAGAAGGAAAUUGGGAAAAAGGCUGAACCUUCAGAAGAAGACCACAACAUAGAUACACUUGGGUUGGGUGAAGAGGUGGAUGGUCUUUUCCUGCAGGCUUCACCCCACGCUGGGAUCAGGGCGGGGCUGGCCAGAGCGAGAGAUUCAGGCUAUGACUCCCUCCAUAGGCGACUCAGUGUUCUGGAGAAACUGGUGCAUACACAUGCUGUGUGGCUACAGCUGGGCCUCAGCCAUCAGGAUGCCACGUGUAUACUACAGAGCCAACCCACCGGGACAUUUAUUGUGAGGAAAUCAACCAGCCUGCAGAGGAAAGUAAUAUCUCUGCGCAUGGACAAAGACUCUGCAGUUCCCAUCAAAGACUUCCCUGUCAAGGAGAGCCAGUACACUUUCUCCUUGGAAGGAUCAGGCCUGAGCUUUGGAGACCUUUUUCGUCUGGUGGCUUUUUGCUGCAUCAGCAGGGAUGUGUUGCCCUUCACUCUGAGGCUUCCAGAAGCCAUUGCUUCAGCCACAACAACUGCUGAUCUUGAGGAGGUUGCUCAACUUGGAGCAGGCUUCUGGGACUCUCAGUUGUGCUGCAGGAGGAAGGGUUCAGUCUCCUUGCCGGGAAUAGCUGCUCCUGGCAGACCACCUCCCCCUGCCCAGGGACCAGUGUACUUGGCACCCACCCCCCCAGGGGUCCCUCUGCUUCGAACUCGCACCCCAGCUGAGCUUGAGUGUUGCCAGUCCAAUGGAGCUCUUUGCUUCAUCAACCCCCUCUUCAUAAAAGUUCACCAACCAGACAGCAUUGACCACACUUCAGAUACCUCUUGCACAUUAAAGCAAGGCCUGAUAGAGGAACCUCUUGGCAACGGUAUAGAAACCAACAACAAGGACGACAACAAUCAGCUUUCUUAUAGAGAGAGUCUUCAGGUUGUACAGAACCUUGGCAGCAACACGGAGCUCGAGGAAGAUAGCACUGAAACCAGCAGCAGUCAGAGUGCUGCAGAGAUCGCAUCACGGUCCCCACCUCCCCGUCCACCCCCACCUCGCUUUGUACCGCAACGCUUAGCCCCUCCUCUCCGACAAAGCAGUAUGCCAGAGAAGAUCUCUUGGAUCAAUGUCUCCAAGGAGAAGGUGGACGAGAGAGAAAGGGGCAGCAGCCUGCUUUCUCGUCUGGGCUCAUUCAGCAUCAGUCCCUCAUCCUCCCCUCCAAAGCGACUCAGCAUCAGCUCCCCCAUAUCCAUACCCCGGCCCUCCAUGCCCAUAUCUCUACCAUCUCUCUCCUCCUCUCCACGUCGGGUCAAGGCCUCACCAUCAUCCAGCCAGGAGGAUGCCCAGUGCCACUUGGCGCUGGAGGAGCAGACUAUUGAGAAGGCCUUAAUUAGGGCCAAAUUGUACAAGUGUAAUGUCACCAGAAGCCCGACCCAGGACUCCAGCAGUCCUCCAGACCCUUCGCUGAUGACAACAGGCAAGCUGGCAGAGGUGAUAGGAGGAGAGGAAGAAGUUGAGGAAAGCACUGGCGGCGGCCAGCGGCUAAGUGACUUGAGCAUUUCGACAGAUUCCUCAGACUCUCUGGAUUUCUCUCAGUCCUCGACCUUCUUCCUUCCUCCUCUGCAUGACCCCAGCCCCCCCACUGUGGCUGACUUCAACACCCAUCUCCCCCUCUCUCUCCCACCGCCCCACCAGCCUUACUGCAGCAUGGAGGAGGACGAUGAUGAUGAGGAUGAUGAGGAUGAAGAGGAGCCUGAUUAUGGCGUCAGUCUUGAGAGCGACCAGGACCAAGACCAGGACUUGACCAUGGUGCCACCGGGCCACCGAACAAAGCGUCGCCCCAGUGCAAGUGCUUUGGUCUUGCAGAAGGCCCUGCGAGGGCAUCUGCGCAAGAUGAGUGGUGUUUUCAACUCGCUGCUGACGCCCGAGAAGAGGGCGAUCCGCAAGGUGGUGGAGUUGUCCAGGGAUAGAGGCUCGUAUUUCGGUUGCCUGGUACAGGACUACCUCAGCUACAUGGGAGAGGGUGCGGGCACCCAGGCUUGGCAGGGCUGCGCUUCUGGCCUGGAGCUUCUGCAGACUCUCCGGCAGUUUAUCACUCAGAUGAAAAGCUACCUGCGGCAGAGCUCCGAGCUGGAGCCUCCAAUCGAGAGCCUCAUUCCUGAAGACCAGAUCGAUCGGGUCUUGGAGAAGUCCAUGCACAAGUGUGUGUUGAAGCCCCUCAAACCAGUGGUGAGCACAGCUCUACGGGAGUUCCAGGUGCGCAGUGGGGCGUGGCAGGAACUGACGGAGAACCUGUCAUUGGCCAAGGCCCGGCAGCCACAGGAAAUGGGCGUGGCUGACACACCGCCCCCUGACCUCAUGGCCAUAGAGAAGAUCAAGCACAAGUUUCAGACCAUGAGUAAACUGUACUCCCCUGAGAAGAAAGUCACCAUGCUGCUGAGGGUCUGCAAACUCAUAUACACCAUCAUGGAGGACAAUUCAGGUCGUCUGUAUGGUGCUGAUGACUUCCUGCCUAUGCUGACCUAUGUGUUGGCCCAGUGUGACAUGCCCCAGCUGGACAAUGAGAUACUGUACAUGAUGGAGCUGUUGGACCCCUCACUGCUCCAUGGAGAAGGUGGCUACUACCUGACCAGUGCCUAUGGAGCUAUGUCCCUGAUCAGAAACUUCCAGGAGGAGCAAGCAGCCAGAGUGCUGAGCUCUGAAACCAGGGACACACUCCACCAGUGGCACCGCCGACGCACCGCCCAGCGCUCUGCCCCAUCCAUUGAUGACUUCCAGAACUACCUACGGGUGGCGCUGCAGGAGUUGGACAGUGGCUGUACAGCCAAGACUCUGCAGGUCCGGCCUUACACCACUGUGGAAGAGGUGUGUCAGCUGUGUGCCCAGAAGUUUAAAGUGUUAGACCCUGAGAACUACAGCCUGUUCCUGGUGAUGGAGGGCAGCAGCCAGCAGCUGGCACCAGACACCCACCCUCAGAAGAUCAAGGCUGAGCUCCACAGCCGCUCGCAGGCCACUCCCUUCCACUUCGUCUUUCGCCGUGUGGCCAACGGCAACGCCUCAUCAUCAGCUCCCCUCAAUCCUACACCCAAUCUCAAUGACCUCACUGUGACCUCUGACCUCCAAGCCAACCUGAAUGACCUCAGCAUGGACCUUUCAGCCCCCUCCCCCCAGCUCACUCUUAGCUUAGGCCUCAGCCCUGCUCUGAGCCUCAGCCUGCCACCCAGCCACUUUAAUGACAGCUCCAUAUCAAUAUGACUGUAGCAGGGGGCUGAUUGAAAGUUUGAACAGGGUCUUCGUCUCCCAUCUGUGACAGUAUCUCGCCCAUUAUCUCUACCAAACAUGCUUCCAUGAGACUUACAAGAGUAAAUAUGUUGACAGGGUUGAACUGGGCAAAAUGUUGUGCCAUGUCAGUCUUUACAAAGCCUGACUUCUCCUUUUGGAUGACACGUCUGUCUCACAGAACAUCCCUCGCUGGAAAGUUCUGUCUGACAGACACGGGUGAAAGAGGAAAAGAAGAAAGCAGGGAAGGAAGUCAGAAAGACAGAGUGUGUGUGUGUGUGUGUGUGUGUGUGUGUGUGUGUGUGUGUGUUUGGGGGGGCAGUUACUUCCUAGGCUCUAGAUUUGGCAUCACAACACCACAAACACAGGUCUCAAAGUGUAAACACACUUCAGGAGAGAUGCUGGAGAAGUGUUAAGGCCACAUCAUGAACCCCUGAACGUGUUCACUGUCCUGCCUUAAUGCUGGUGCUCCAGGUGCUGAUUCAGGGUAAGCUGGUCUUGUAGUUACCUUUAGGGUACAUAGUGGGAAAUCAGAUCUCAGAUACAUGUGAGACUAAUCUUUGAUAAAUAACUUUAAAUAUACAGAUAGUUUAUUUAGGUGAUAGGUAUUACUAUCAUUUACUGUUACAGUUGCUGGUAAACUGUUAUUAUGUUGUUUGUUUUUGAAACUGCUUCAGAUUGUUGAUAUGUUUUGAUGAGUUUGGUGACACCCAGUGGUGGCUGGUGCACAUAGCAGUGUAAUAUUUUUCAAGUGUUCGAGGAAAUGUAUGGUCUCACCUUACUGCAACCAAGUGUUUCACUGAUAUGCCAGCAUUAUCAGUCUGUGUCAAAAUAUGAACCUUUGCUUUAAUACAUUGAAUUGCUGUUGAGUUCUGUUGGAACGUGAAUGGCCUGUGGGGGGCAGCUUACAGCAACUAGUUCUUCCUCUUUUCUCCAUUAAAAGAAAAAGACCAGUACAUAUAGAACCACGACAAACCAGCAGAAAUGAAAAGAGUACUCCACUGUUUAAAAAAAAUGAUUUUGGCAAAAUCAGAGAUGUCAUUUUUUUCUUCCCAUCAAAACCUGGCACCUACAUUACCCACAAUGCAACUGGACCACAGACAGCUCUGUCAGAGAUUGGGGUGUGUAGCGCUACAUUCUAACACACCCUCAGUGUUCGGCCCAGCCGACACUGACUCAGCCAGCCUACAUACAGCUCCCUCUGGAGACACAAAAGGACUCCUACUUCCCAAGACCUAGAUGCAAAGUUUAACAUGUAAAAUUGGUGGUGUUCCCCUUUUAGGAUUUUGCAGAAGCAGAUAUCUUAGGGGGGUGUGGGGAACUGUGGUUUCAGAAGUGUGGUCCAAUGGAAGAGAAGAUUUUGGCUUUUUCUUUGAAUACUUGCUGGAAUGUCAGUGCCUCCUUUAUCUGUGUUGAUUUGAAUUUGGAAAAUAAUCUGAGGAUAGUGUCUCUGUCCCUAUUCUGUCCCCAUUGUCCUUAGAUUAUCUUUGUCGAAUCUAUGCUGUCAUUCCUGGGUUUACUACCCAAUGAUUGAUGAGCCACAGCCUGUGGCUUUCCGCUUUCAAAAUGCAGCAUUUCCUGUGCAUAAAGUUUUAUAAUUACAGGUAUAGCCCAACAUUAUCAGUGGAGGGCAUAAUAUAUAAUGUAGCAUUUUCAUAUGAGAAUCUUAAGGAUUAACAUUUUGAAAUGUGUUAAAUAUUGUCCUUGCUUGUCGUUUGUGUUUAAGAGUAAUGUUUUAAAUACGCAGGUCUGCCAGUCUUUAAAAAAAUUACACAUUCAUUUUUGCAUUUACUGAUUAUCAUGAUAUGAAAGAUACUGUAUCAUACUUAACAGUUCUGUAUUGCUUAUGAACAGGCAUUUUGUAGAUAUUCAGAAAGACAAAGAUAUGUGAUGAUACAGUGGACAGAUGAAGAAAGGUUACUGAGGCGGCCACACUCUCCUGUACAAUCUGCAUCGGUACUGAGUUUGAUACUGUCAUUUGAAAUAAAUACUUGAUUAUUUCUUGUGAUUAUUUUAGGUUUCAGUAGGUGGGAAAACAAAUUGACAUGCUGUUUAUUUACAGUGUAUUGAACUGCAACACUCCAUUCAUUCCUGUUUUACAUUGUAAUGAGAUGUUAGAGGUGAGGUUAGAAGAGAGGGAACUGAAAAGUGAUGUAGCUGAUGAGCUUCUGCAGUCAGCUGAGUAGCCUUCAUGUCAGGUGGGAUCUGUACGUAACCUGUGCAUAGCUAACCAUGUGUAUCUGUUGUGUUCAGAUUUUAAAUUGAUGAGAAGAGUCGUGUAAUUGCUAAUCUAACUUUCUUUGUUAAAGCAAAGUGAGUAUUUAUGUGUCUGUGCAGGGACUUUUCACAGGCUUUUUACUAUCUAUAAUAUUCUUUAUGGUGUCACAUCGUCAUUGAAUGAUAUUGCAAAUAUUCUUUUGCACUUAAUAAAUGUUGUAA